UUAAAAUAUUUCCGUAUGUGCGUUUGUUUCGGCUAGAAAAAAAAAAAAAAAACAAUAAUAAGUAAUAAUACGCAACACUCGAAAAUGAAUAUUGUAUGCCUAAUCGUACGUUGACUAAUUCGUGCGUGAACUAUGUCGGUAUCACCGACAUAAACCCGAGCGUAGUUGUUUCUCCUUUUAUUCGUGUAUGUGACCGCCUCGCACCGAUAUCCAAACGUGUGACCGUGCAAUUUGCUGUAUCUCACGGGCGUCUGGGUGAGUGUUAUUGGAGUUCCGCCAUGAAGGCAUCACUAUAUUUCCUCGUGGUGCUUCUCUAUGCCUUAUGUCAUGGCAAUGCUACCCAGGAAAACCAGCCCAAAGAAGUUGUGACCACAGACAACACGAAUCCAUUGAAUUCUUCUAGUACAACGGUUGUCAAUAACAAUGAAACGCAGGCCAACAACACCACCAAUAUGGAUACGUCAACUUCUGUGGAAGUUCCUUCGAACGAGACUUAUGUCAUCAAUGCUACAGAAAAAUCGACAUCCAUCACGUCUGGUGAACCUGUGCUUCCAAAAAAGGGUUCGGCUGAAGAAGAGCGCAACAGUUCAAUCGCCAUCUUCUUUGUACUCAGUGUUCUUGCUUUGGGCAUACUCCUCAUACAUCUCAUGCUUUCGACACAUUUCCAGUAUUUACCUGAAAGUGUAGUUAUUGUAUUCCUGGGUGCCGUUAUCGGUCUUAUAAUUAACCUUAUGUCUGAACAGCAUAUUGCCAACUGGCGUAAUGAGGAAGCAUUCUCGCCCACAGCAUUUUUCCUUGUGCUUUUACCUCCCAUUAUUUUCGAAUCCGGCUACAAUUUACAUAAAGGAAAUUUUUUUCAAAAUAUUGGUUCUAUUUUAGUGUUUGCUAUUAUUGGCACUACCAUUUCAGCCUUGGUUAUUGGUGCUGGCGUAUAUGUUCUUGGUCUGGCACAAGUAGCCUACAAAUUAAGUUUUGUUGAAAGCUUUGCAUUCGGAUCAUUGAUUUCAGCUGUUGAUCCAGUGGCCACAGUUGCUAUUUUUCAUGCAUUGGAUGUAGAUCCUGUAUUAAAUAUGUUAGUGUUUGGUGAAAGUAUAUUAAAUGAUGCAAUUGCAAUUGUGCUGACUACAUCAGUAUUACAAUCAAAUGGACCUGCUAUGAGUACUUCUGAAGCCGUAUUAACUGGCAUUAAACAGUUCUGUUUGAUGUUUUUUGCUUCGGCUGGCAUUGGAGUAAUAUUUGCCUUAAUUAGUGCUCUACUGUUGAAAUAUGUAGACCUAAGGAAAACACCUUCAUUAGAAUUUGCUAUGAUGCUGGUGUUUACUUAUGCUCCUUAUGUUUUAGCUGAAGGCAUACAUUUGUCAGGAAUUAUGGCUAUUCUGUUCAAUGGAAUUGUUAUGUCACAUUAUACUCAUUUUAAUCUGUCAACGGUCACACAAAUUACUAUGCAACAGACUAUGAGAACAUUGGCAUUUAUUGCUGAAACUUGUGUAUUUGCUUAUCUUGGAUUAGCAUUAUUUAGUUUCAGAUUGCACUUUGAACCAGCUUUAGUCAUAUGGAGUUUAAUUCUAUGUUUAAUUGGACGUGCAUGCAACAUAUUCCCAUUAGCUUAUUUAUGCAAUAAAUUCAGAGAACAUCAAAUUACUAAACAUAUGAUGUUCAUUAUGUGGUUUAGUGGACUAAGAGGAGCUAUUUCAUAUGCGUUAUCAUUGCAUUUAGAAUUUAGUAAUGAAACUAGACAUGUCAUAAUCACAACUACGUUGUGUAUUAUAUUAGUUACGACUUUAUUGUUUGGUGGUUCAACAAUGCCACUAAUGAAGAUCUUGCAAUCAUCAAAAGCUGGGAGAACACCUCGUAGACGGAGAAAAGACAAAGCUAUAUCUCUUAGUAAAACAAAAGAAUGGGGACAAGCAAUUGAUUCUGAACAUUUAUCAGAACUAACUGAAGAAGAAAUGGAGGUUAAUUUUAUACAAUCAAGAAUUAGUGGAUUUGCUAAAUUGGACAUAAGAUAUUUCAUACCAUUCUUUACUAGACGUUUUACACAAGAAGAAUUGAAAGACUGUAAAACUCAGAUGACUGAUCUGACAAAUCAAUGGUACCAAGCAAUUCGUAUAUCACCAACAGCAUCAGAUGAUGAUAAGAUUACAAACAAUGGACAGUCUCAGACAACUAGUCGUCAGUCAAGUUGACAAUUACAGCAACCACCUAUUGUGAGGCAAAGUAAUAAUUUGUUAAGUGACAUUCAGAGCUUGUCUGCAUCGAGUUUACCACAUACGACCGGCCAACCACAAUAAUAUUAACAACUAUUUUACUCAUUGUACUUAAUGUAUACAUUUUUAUAAUAGAAAAAUAUUCAUAGAAUUAUAUCAACUAUUCCUAAUCACUAUUUCACAAUAAAACUAUUCUUGUGAAUUGUGUCUUACAGAAAAGUUGUUGUAUCUAAAGUAUACUUUAACGCUUAAAGUCUGAAUUUUUUUAAAAAAAUAAGUAAUUGCACAAUUUUAUACUGUUAUGUCUGAUAUUAAAACAAAGUGUGAUAGAUAUUUUAAUUUAUGUAAUUUUGUUUAGUAU